AUGUAUCUAGGAUGGACAACGACUGGUCGCAUGUACUAUGUACGAGAAUGGCAUAUAGCAUCCGUAUUAACAAGUGGAAAAGACUUCUGUGAUCGUCUAACUAGUACUGAGCUGUAUGAUCCGUCCACUAGAAUGUGGACAACUACCGGUCAUAUGAAGUAUGGACGACAGUGGCAUGCAGAAUCAAUAUUAAGAAAUGGAAAAGUAUUAGCUAUCGGUAGAAUGGAUGAUAAAAGUCAUCUAAAGAGCACUGAGUUGUAUGAUCCAUCCAGAGGAACUUGGACAACUACUGGUGACCUGAAUAUUCCACGAAAUGGGCACACAGUAUUCUUAUUAACAAAUGGGAAAGUCCUAGUUACUGGUGGAAUCGGUAAAGGUCGUCGUUUAAAUAGUAAUGAGUUGUAUGAUCUAUCAAGUGGAACUUGGAUAACCACUGGUAGCAUGAAUUAUCCGCGGGACUACCAUACAGCAUCCGUAUUAAAAAAUGGAAAAGUGUUAGUUAGUGGCGGAGAGUGUGUUUGGUCUUUUAAGUACUACUGA